ACAAAGAUUUAGCGCACAACGAGAGUUCCUCGAUCAAUUUCUCAGGAUCAUCAGAUUCACCGACUGUACAUCACGAUAUGAACAUCCCGAUCAGUGCAUCCCGCCCGGACUUUGUACUACCAAACUCCACACUGAACGGAACAACUUUCCUCAUCCGUCGGGAUUACCUAUCCAAGCUAGAAUGGCCGGGGUUGGUCCAUGUGACGUUCCCGGUAAUCAUACCGAUUCUGCUAAUUCUUGGUAUCAUCGGGAACUCGCUGACAAUUGCCGUGCUAUGGCAUAAGAACAUGCAAUCCACUACAACCAUCCUGCUGUUCCGAUCCCUUGUCAUUACGGACAUGGCGGUCAGUUUGGUGUGGUCAUUGAAUGGUGUAUCAGAAUAUUACUUAUUCCAGAUACCGGAAGGUCAGUCCUAUUACCUGGACGUGGUUUACCCGUGUAUAUACAUCUUCCUUCUCUACCUCAUAUACUUCUUCCGGGGCGUCAACAUCUGGAUCACGGUGACGCUCUGUGUAGAAAGGUUUAUCUACGUCUGUGUUUAUUACAAGGCAAACGUUAUAUGUACCAAGAAAAGAAUCACAAUUGCCCUUGCAGUCAUUGUUGGAUUCUUCUUUGUGUUCAGCAUACAGCAGCUGAUCGAGUUUAAGCCAGUUAGCUAUCCAUGCUACGGAAGCCUGUGUUACAUAAAUGAAUUUACAGAGGUUGGAAAAUCAUUUUAUUAUUCCAAGGGGCCAUUCUGGUUUAACAUGUUAAUGUACAACAUUCUCCCGACUAUACUUUUGGGAUCACUUAGUAUCCCCAUCAUCUGUAAACUCUGCACUAUGUACCGGAAACGAGUACAGAUGAUGAACACAACUCAAUCAAGUGGAACUCUUCAACGAAAGGAAACAAAUGUGACCAUUGUUCUUUUGCUGAUCGUGUUGUUUUCGGUAUUGUCAAACCUGAACGGUCCUUACCUUGUGGCCGUUUACGUAUACAGCAUUUACAAUACCAGUUUCUUUUAUCUUAUUUGUAUAUUCAAUACUAUAGUUAUUCUUAACUCCUCCAUAAAUUUCAUCAUCUAUGGUAUUGUUGGAAUUAGGUUUCGAAGAAUUCUUAUAAAAAUGUUAAAACAGACAUACUAUAAAAUAUUAAGGAAACCUCUACCGGCCAAAGUCAGGCGUGCAACCGUGAAAGAGGAGCCAGCUUCUAAUGACAAUGCGAUAGAGUUAACUUCGAAUGACACAACGCUUUACAAUGGUAUUUAGACCUCUAGAUAUGGGAGUUUACGGAUCAGUGUUAAAGCUAGACUGGGAUGGUUUCUUUAAGAUUAAAAUUAUGUGGUUUGUAUCUAGUUAUUUAGAAACAGUGAAUAUUUCUUACAAAGGCAAAUGGGAAUGGAUACAGCGAUGUGGAAGACAAUGAGACAUAACUCAACAUAACACGAUGUGACUUAAGGAUUAGUAUUGUCAUAUCAGUUUAUUUGUCAAACCUACAAAGACAACAAUGGCUUGGGAUGAAUGUACAGUGUGUAUUGGGGAUUGUAAAUGGAUAAUAGAACAUCACCAUCGACAUUGUGUCGUAGGACUAUACCAAUCCUAAUGUGACAUUGUGACGUAGGGUAAUACCAAUCCUAAUGUGACAUUGUGACGUAGGGUAAUACCAAUCCUACAGUGACAUUGUGACGUAGAGUAAUACCAAUCCUACAGUGACAUUGUGACGUAGGACGAUACCAAUCCUACAGUGGCAUUGUAACGUAGAGUAAUACCAAUCCUACAGUGACAUUGUGACGUAGGACGAUACCAAUCCUACAGCGACAUUGUGACGUAGGACGACACCAAUCCUACAGUGACAUUGUGACGUAGGGUGAUACCAAUCCUACAGUGACAUUGUGACGUAGGACGACACCAAUCAUACAGUGACAUUGUGACGUAGGGUAAUUCCAAACCUA